AUGUCGCGUUCACAAGUUGUCCAGCCUACCUAUGUCGGCUUCAUCAAGGACACGACUGAUGCCGCCAUCCUUUUCGAGGCCUGCAUCCAAGGCCACUUACCUCGGCUUUCCCGCCGACCUCCCAAGUGGAUCGCGGCGACGGUGGCUCAAAGUGGCCACAUAUUUGUGUUCGAAGAAAAGGAGUCUGGCAUCAACCGAUGGACAGACCUGGUUCAGUGGAGCCCAAGUCGGGUCUCGGGAGAAUUCAUGCUGUAUCGGGAGCUCGACAAAGCACAGACAGCGAAGCAAGGGGCCAGGAAACUCGUCCCCUCGCCUGAGCGGACAUCCGACCCUGAUGCGCCAACGGAAAGCGAAAUCUAUGGCUCACUGAUCAACUGUUACCCUUUCAAACGGGGCGGGCUCCUCAAGAAGGCCAUCAGCGUGAAGCUAGAAGAUCGCUGUUGGCGACUGAUCUCCUAUUACUCGGCAGAGGAUUUCAGAACUGGUUGCCUACAAUCUCCUUCACACGAUCUGCAACUAGUGCCAAUCAUGCCGAACGAAACUUUACGUAGGCAACUCAAGUGCUGGAGCGAUGUCAUGCCAACUGUGGCGGGCUACGUCUAUCACCCUCCCUGGGAAUUUGGAACUGCGCCUCUGGUGGCCUAUGUUCAGGAUGGGCCACGGACGGCUACUUGCGCAACAGAGGGCGACCAGGACUUCAGUAUGCAGUGUCCAAUCGGUUCAGGACAGUAA